GCACAAAAGAUACCCAUACCAAAAAAAUGAAUGUAUUUGGACACUCAAAACCAACUCACCGCAAACCUCUGUGAGAAGAACAUGGAGAAGCUCAAUCUCUCUGCUUUGGCCUUCCUCUGCAUCUUCCUCUCGAGUUCUCGGAACUGGAUAACGAUUCAAGCCCAGAGUUUGCCUCCAGCCAAGUUCGAUGGGUUCCUCUACCGUAGCGGCCGGGUCGACCCGGACGCCAUUCUGAUCGAAGCUUUCUACGACCCAGUUUGCCCCGACAGCAGAGACUCCUGGCCUCCUCUCAAGCUAGCCCUCGAUCACUACGGCCCUCGAGUCUCCCUCCGCCUCCAUCUCCUCCCGUUGCCGUACCAUGACAAUGCGUAUGUUGCUUCUCGAGCCCUGCAUAUCGCCAAUUUGUUGAAUGCUUCCUCUACGUUCCCGUUAAUGGAGCAAUUCUUCAAGUAUCAGGAGAAGUUCUACAAUGAUCAGACGAUCAACUUGUCGAAAGCUUCGGUUGUGAAACAGGUGGUCGAUUUCGCUACUCCAGCAGUUGGGAACUUCCUUCACUCCGAAUUCAAAACUGCGUUCAACGACAGAAGAACCGAUCUCAAGACAAGGGUGUCCUUCAAGUUCAGCGCAUCUAGAGGAGUUUACGGUACACCAGCUUUCUAUGUCAAUGGGUUUGCGUUGCCCGACGUCGGCUCACCCCUAGAUUACAACGGCUGGAGAAAGAUCAUCGACCCACUGGUUUCCGCAAAGUUCGACAGCCGCCUCGAUCUGCUGCAUACCAAAUUCUGAGACCCUCCGAAUUUGAGAUGAGAUGCUUAGGCCUCUGAUCCUGUUAUUUUAACUUGAAUAAAUCAAUAGCAGCCUUAAUAGUUCAUAUCUUCCAGUAGAGAUCAGAAGCUAUCGUCCUUUCGUCUAUUUAUAAGCUAAAAGUUGCUGUGUUAUAUGAACCGACGUUGUGAAGAGAUGAUAUUUGUUGCCAGCUUCGAAUUUGCUGCAGCUUUCGCUGUGUCGAUGGAGCUAGUGUAUUGUCUGUUUACCUUAUUAAGAACGCAUCUACCAAGCCCAAGCAACCAUCAAUCACUUCUACAACCCGUAGCCAGCCAAGCACUGACACAGUUGAUCGAAUUUUGGCAAGAUCGAUUUAAUGUAAGGUCAUACCAGAAGAACUGAGUACAAGGAUACAAGUGGGAGGAAAAGACACAUACUUUAGAUCGCAGUUAACCUAACAGUCGACCCAAAACAAGUUUGUUCAAACUUCAAACACAAAGGGAAAUAAUGAACAAUAAAAGAAUGCUUACCGU